AUGGCUGGUCCUCGCGUUCGUCACAACUUUCGGGACCUCCAAGAUGAAUAUGACAAAGGCAACAAGAAGCCCUUGGAGACCCUGAUCCGCGCCUUCAAAGGGAUUCAAGAGCUCCCUCCCCAUGAUCACAAUUCCUUCUUCUUCCUUGCUGGCUUGCACGGGGAGCCCUUCCGCGGUGCCGGCUGGGGAAACGCCAGCUGGUGGGGAGGAUACUGCAAUCAUGGAAAUGUAUUGUUUCCUACGUGGCAUCGGGCCUAUUGUUUCGCCCUUGAAUCAGCUCUUCAAAGCAUUCCUGGCUGUGAGGAUGUCACUUUGCCAUACUGGAACGAAAUCGAAGAAAAUACCCUGGAACGCGGGAUUCCCGAGACCUUCCUUAAAAAGAAAUGGACAUUUGAGGAUGGUGGCGUGAUCGAUAACCCACUGUACUCCUACACGUUCCAAAAGAAAAUUACGGAUAAUCUGAAUCCGUUUCCUGAUGCAGAUUAUAGCAAAGGCUAUGGGUAUAAGACCUGCCGCUACCCUUACUCUGGUCUCGUUGGACCUGCAGAUAAAAAGAAAACCGAGGAGCACAACGCAAAGAUUAACGCGUUGGGGCAUGAUAAGGUUAAUGAAAUCCUCAACGAGAACGUACAAUCCUGGCUCCUUCACACAGAUGUUGACGGUGUAGAGGGGAGAGGUGGUGUUCUUGAGAAAUACUUCAAUUGCUUGAAGGCUCCAAACUAUACAGUUUUCUCAAACACGACUUCCGCCACUCAAUGGAACGAGGACCACUUUAAUGUAGGUUUACCUGCACCGGCUACUGUUUCUCCGCAUGUGGUUCCCCUCGAGAGCCCUCAUAACGAUAUGCAUCUCGCCGUUGGCGGAUAUGAGAUCGGCGACGCCAAUUUUGACGGGGAAUACCCCGGUGCCAAUGGCGACAUGGGUGAAAAUGACACGGCGGGAUUUGAUCCCAUCUUUUAUUUCCAUCACUGCUUUAUCGAUGCCAUGUUUUGGCAAUGGCAGAAGAAGCAUGGGGAAGUAAAGCAGCUCCAUAUCAUCCCUCAGUAUCCCGGGACCAACAGUGUUGACAAUCAAGGUCCCACCCCGGGAACACCUGGGGGUGCGUGGUUGAAUUUGCAUACGCCGUUAGACCCAUUCAAGUUUCCUGGCACAAACAAGCCCAUGACAUCGAAGGUAAGAUAA